CGCCGUGCGGACCUCGAGAGGCGCGGGGCAGCGCAGCCACGGCUCCAGUCGGCCGGACCGCAGGGCCCGGUGUGGCCGCCCAUGAGUCGGGGAACCAUGCCUCAGCCCGGAGCGUGGCCCGGGGCGAGCUGCGCGGAGACGCCGGCCCGCGAGGCGGGGGCCGCGGCGAGGGAGGGCGGGAAGGUGACGAUCGGCGCGCAGCCCCGGGCCGCGAUGCGGUGCCCGGUCGAGCACGAGGAGGACAUGUACCGUGCUGCAGAUGAAAUAGAAAAGGAGAAAGAAUUGCUAAUACAUGAAAGAGGGAUAUCAGCAGAACCCAGGUUAAGUGUGGCUCCUGAGAUGGAUAUCAUGGACUACUGCAAGAAAGAAUGGCGGGGAAAUACUCAGAAAGCCACGUGCAUGAAAAAGGGCUACGAGGAAGUUUCUCAGAAGUUCACAUCUAUAAGGCGAGUUCGUGGUGAUAAUUACUGUGCGCUGAGGGCCACGCUGUUCCAGGCCAUGAGCCAGCUCACAGAACUGCCCCUCUGGCUGCAGAACCCGGACCUCAUGCUGUUACCAGAAAAGCUGAUAAACAAGUAUAGCUGGAUCAAGCAAUGGAAACUUGGACUGAAGUUUGAUGGGAAGAAUGAGGACCUGGUUGAAAAAAUUACGGAGUCCCUUGCCCUGCUGAGGACGAAGUGGGCGCGUCUGGCAGAAAUGAAGACUGCUGAAGCACGGCAGGUAGCUUGUGAUGAACUGUUCACAAAUGAAGACGAGGAGUACAGCCUCUAUGAAGCUGUGAAAUUCCUAAUGCUAAACAGAGCCAUCGAACUCUAUGAUGAUAAAGAGAAGGGAAAGGAAGUCCCGUUUUUUUCUGUGCUCUUAUUUGCUCGAGACACAUCAAGUGACCCUGGACAGCUACUAAGGAACCACCUAAACCAGGUGGGACACACUGGUGGCCUUGAGCAGGUUGAAAUGUUCCUUCUUGCAUAUGCUGUUCGCCACACCAUCCGGGUGUACCGGUUGUCCAAGUAUAACACCGAGGAGUUCAUCACAGUCUAUCCCACUGACCCCCCCAAGGACUGGCCAGUGGUGACCCUCAUAGCUGAGGAUGAUCGGCACUAUAACAUCCCUGUCAGAGUGUGUGAGGAGACAAGUCUGUGAGAGACACCCAUGUGGACAGCUGUGAGAGGCAGCACAGGUGCACCCGCAGCUCCUUCUCUGGGGCCUCGGGGCUGCAGCUCUCCAGGGACAAUCCGGGAGAACCCUUGGGCCCCUGGAACCAACGGGAACUGUGAUGCUCUGAAGACUAACUGUUGAUAACAAGAAGUAGCCAAGUCAUUGUUUUAUCUGUUACACAGUGUGUCUCACUGCGGGCUUCAGCAUGUGCCUUUGGGAGGUACAAACAACUUCUCAGUACAGCAGAUGUUUUUGUGUCAGAGGAAAUUGUUUGCAAAGAAACAUGUCCAAUGAAAGUUCUGAUGGUAAACUGGUGUUACUUUUUAAGACAGUUUUGUUUUUGACUUUUAUUCUGUUGGAGUUGGUGGUGAUGGGUCCCAUUAGUGGCCUUCCUAUGCGAUAUGCUUAAGUGGUAAUAUCCUGGAGUGGAUAGUUACAGUAUGUUUUGUUAGCUUCACCUGCUUUUGGAGGGAUGACCAGUGAAUUUAUAUUUAUAUCCCAGUUAAUACUAUUUUAAGUAGAUUGUCUCUUAGAGGAUUAAGAAUUGGGUCCCAGAGUAGAUUUUUUUGAAGCCUGGAAAAGAUACAGGAGAGCACAGGGAGGAGUCUAGACACUGAUUUCUGAGGCUUGGUGCCCUGGUAUUGAGAGAUCCUGUUGGCACAUGUGCCCUAGUGUUGGGGUUGUGGAUUACGAUAAGUUCCAAUGGUCACGAUUCUACCCUCAGAACCUGUUUACAGAAGUGGAAAUGAAAACUGUCUCUGGAGUUGACGUGUUCUCCUUUGCCCCUUUCAUGCUCUUGAAGACCUCACGAACUGCCAAACCCAUAUGUGACAGGAUGAGAGACAGCCAACUAUCCAGGAUGUCUGAUAGGCAAGUAAAGCAGAAGCAUGUGGUAAGCAAUGCAAAAGUGCAUAGCUGCUUGGGCAGCUAGAGGGAGGCAACCGUGCUAGCUAUGAGUGCUAGCUAUGAUAGGUCUGUGUGCAUGGCACAAGCCAUGGCCCUAGCUAUGAUAGGUCUGUGUGCAUGGCACAAGCCAUGGCCCUGACUUGGAGACCUGCUAAGCAUGGGGUACCUUGGGUCCUUUGUUUCCCUUGAGGGCCAUAGCCCAUGGUCUUUGUUCAUGGCGACCAGACACACCCCUCUUUAGGAUUCCAUGUGCAGCACCCCAGUUGGUUCAGCAUUCGUUGGUGCUGUUAUCUUGAUGAGUUGAAUUUAUUUUUUCAUAGUUAAAACCUUUAAUUUAAUCCAAUUCAUACAGAUGAUGAGCACCUUGUUUUGGGAGGCAGGAUAACCCUUUAAAAUAUAAAUUGUCAUUUAAUUAAAAAUUAAGUCUUAAAAAAUAUUGUCUUAGGUAGGAAAACUCAGGAUAUACAAAUCAUUCAGUAGUAUUUCUUCUGUUCCCUCGUGAGUAAAAUCACAACCUUUGGUUAACUGUUCAGUGCUGUGCUGUGUGUAACUAUGGUAGGGAGUCUGUGUUUUCACUGUGAAAUGCUAUGGUACCCUUGAGAGAGGGAGGUACCUAGCAUCCAAGUUAAAGUAAUAACAACGGCUUACUCUUGACUUUGACACUUUAUUUUGUUUGUAAUUAAAUAGUAGGAAAUGCCUGCCAUUCGUGUUUGAAGAGUUUUGAAACCAGAACUUGAUGCUUAGAUAAUUCCUAGUAGGAGCCAUUUGUGCUGUUUGGAGACCUCGAAACUGUCCAUGGGGCUUAGUCACUAUUGAAUUUUAGCAGUGCUCUUGGUAAUACUCAUGCUUACCUUCAUUUUAAAGACAAGCUAAUCUUAGUGAGCUUGAACUGGACUUCUGGGAAACCUCUUUAUAUUUGAUACUUCCUUUUUGUUUGUGAUAUUGUUAGAUACAGUUUCCCUAUAUUAUGUCCCAUGAAGUUAAUGUUGCCUUUUCAGAAUGUUUUCAGAUUUUCUUGCUCACCUGUGUUGGUUGUGGAUGUGCAACACCUGUUGGUUGAGUCAUGCAUGUGGUCAUGGUGGCAGCAUUAGUGCCUCUAGUGAGUUGGAUAUGAGAUAGUUGCAUUUCCUCCUGUAUGCAUAAGGAAAUAUUCUCAUUGCAUAGAGGAGGCUUCAUCCUGUUUUCCUGACUAGCUGCCAACUCAUUGAUUAUACUACAGAAUAUUCAGUCGUGUCUGAUGAGCUUUUUCUUGAAGAAAAAUGACAUUGCAUGUCCUUUUGUGUAUUUUUUUUCCUUCCAAUUUUAGGACUUACUAAGGAAAAUUGCAUACCAUAUGAAUUGAUAAAACUUCUGUUGGAAGAACAUCCAUGUUUUUUUGUUUUGUUGUUAAUUUAUUUGGUUGAUUUUGACUUUCUGAGACAUAAUCAUUCUCAGGUUUUCAACUCCUGAGAGCUAUGAAUGUAGGGAUUGCCACCAUAGUAGUACUUUUGUGAGGUCUUAUGUGUUGAAGUGGCUCUGUGCUGUUCUUCCUGUCCCCUCCUUUUCACCUACAUGUGCUCUUUACCUAAGAAACAGUGGUCUUGGUUUUGUGAAGGUCUUCUAGAUGUUUUUUGAGGUGAUGUAUUACCCACGAUGAACCUCUGAUGGUGACUGUAUGAGCAGGGCUGACAAUACACUUCCUGCCAUGUCUUCCUUUGAUAUAAAAAUUUAGUUUGAUCAGUUUCUUAUCUUUUUUUCUUAGCAUUACUUUGCAGGUGUUCCUUGCUGAAAGCUGGAGCAUAAACCAUUGAGGACUCUUGCUUGUCGGUCCUCAAUGCUCAUAAAACAGACAGCUUUGCGUUAAGCUCUGAUGUUCCUUAAAAAAGCAAUGACGGUACUAGAAGUAGAAAGCCUUCAGUUGUGCUUUUCAUCUGAGAGAAACGCCAGAGCCCAGUUUGGCAAAGGUGGAGAGCAAUGUCAAUUUACAGUUUUAGGAAGGUCUGAGGAACUAAGAGGGGAGCUGAAGGACGAACUGGCUUCAGAAUGCACUUUAAAACGAUGCAGGUCUUAGUUUCAAAAGACUUGUUGCUCUAAUAAAAAGCUCUGACUUUAUUUUAGCUCACUGUUCAAGGGUCCAUCAUGACAGGGAAGUCAGGUGGCAGGACCUUGAAAUAGCUAGUCACAUGACAUGCCCAGGCAGGAACCCAAAGCAGUGAAUGCAUGCUGCUGCCCAGUUCCUUUCUGCAUUUAUGUAGUCCACGGUGCUAGCCAGGGCAUGGUGUCACCAAGGUGAAUGGAUGCUCUCACCUCAGUGAAGGCGGUUGUGGUCAUCUGCAGGCAUGCCCAAGAGGUUCAUCUAGACCCAUGGAAGUCUAGAUUCUGUUAAGUUGGCAAUUAACAGUAACUGCCACACUGUAUAAAAACAAAAGCAGUGGAUGUCCAACAGACUAUGCUUAAAUUAUAAGAGAAUAAAACUCUGAAUAAAUUUGAAGAGUUAAUGAAUAAAUAUAUUCUAUUGACUCCUCCCCAAAUUUAAGUCCUUUCUUUUAAGAUCAUCUCUUCAGAGGAUAGGGGAUCUGGUGCUUAGCCAUGCAGCCCUUGAAUAAAGGUGUGAGUGAGGACAUUCAUGCCAUGGAUAGCACCAGGGUCAACUGCUUCUGUACCCUUGGCUGCUUUCCCCAGGUCAGUAACACAUAAUCAGUACAAGAAAGGGACAUGGAGCACAGCAUGUAGAUAGCCUCGGUCAUCAUUCUCCAGUAACCAGUGCUUCAGUCUUAAUUUUAAACCUCAAAAUAAAUUUGUGAUUAAUUUUAGUUUUCAUUUAUCUAUUGAAAAUUGCCUUGAUCUACAACAACAUAAAUGGUGCCAAAAAUAUGGUAGCCCUUACGAGAACGCAGCAGCCACUGUAGUGCUGUGACUUCAGAGUAGCCCAGAUGAACGUGAGUAAUGAAUGCCCUUUCAUUUCCAUUCUGUCUGUGAAAGGACUCUGGCUUUGUUCCCUGUAUUGUAGCAGCUCGAGGAGGUUGGCAGCCCACUCGGAGAUUCUGCCUGUGGGGAGGACAUGGUUUUCUCUGGGGAUCAUCAUGAGACACACUUAUGAAACUUGCUGUGUUCUUGUCACCUUGAUUAGCAAAGUCUGCUCUUUGCACUCUGGCAUGGCAAUGCUGGUCAGUCGUCCACUGCCCUAAAAGCCAUCCUCCUAAGCUGUGGACUGAUCUCAGGUGCCUGGCCCAUGGGGUGGAAGUUUCCUGUCGUUUGUAGUGUCUCUUGUCUUCACUGUUCAAGAUUGAGCUUCCUCUCGGUCUUUGCUUUUGAUUCCUUUAAUACACUCAGAUGCCAAGGAUUGUGAGAACAACUCAACUCAAAAUAAACUUAGUAAACUCUGAAGCCUGUUCUGGUGCUGUGGUUAAGUAUCUGCUUUUAAGGACCGUGGCAGACUGGGACCUGUGCUGAAGUCAGCUCUGACAGCUGACCGCCUUUGUGGGCAGAGGAAUUAA